AUGGAACGCCCCCGCGCACGCAUAUCGCGACCGGUCAAGCCUCGAAAAGCAGCGAGAUGGACCAAAACACCCUUCCACGCCCGACCGAGUGGCCCGCAGCUGGAGCGCUGGUCGCGUGCGAUAUCAGAACAGGCCGGCAUCCCCAGCAGGAACUACGAUAGAUAUAACGUGCAGCUGGAUGUUCCGACUUACGAUGACGAGAAAUACGAGAAACACUUGACAAACAACGAGUGGACGAAAGAGGAGACAGACUAUCUCGUGGAAUUAUAUCGCGACUGCAACGCGAAGUGGCCGGUGAUAAUCGAUCGGUAUGAAUUUGAGGGCGGGCCGGAGCGCACUAUGGAGGACUUGAAGGCGCGAUUCUACUCGAUAUCUGCCACGUUGCUGCAGCUUGCGACGCCGAUAACUUCAAUGACCGCGACCGACUACAGCCUGUAUGAGACGUUGACGAAUUUCAACCCCGCACAAGAGACAUCGCGAAAGAAGCUGGCAGAGGGACAUCUCUAUCGAAAAACAAACGAAGUGGAUGAAGAGACGGUAUUGCUGGGUGAACUGCAGCGCAUCAUGUUGAAUCAGGCGACAUUGGAUUCGCAGAGGGAAGAGCUGCGGCAGCGGUUGGAUUAUCCGGUCAAUACCGCGGGAGGGCAGCAAUAUACCACAUUCCAGCAGCUCACGCAGCUUUGGCAGCAUCUGUUGUUUCAGGAUAGGCAGAGGAAGCAGCCUAGAAUGCGGCCGACAGGUGAGAUGUGUAGCAUUCUAGUCAUCGGGCGGGCUAACAAUGUUGCAGGCAAUCCUACGUAUGAUGGUUUCCCAGCGAUGACGCCGCAAUCCGCUCGUCCUCGCGAUUCCAUUACUGGACAAUCCGAUGCGGCGGGGUCACUACCUAGCAGACGUCCAACCCGCGACUCUCUACCUUCCGCGACUCCACAAAGUACACUACCAGUCGACCUUUCGAAAGCCGAUCAGCAGCGCUUUGGUGUCGUGAUACAGCCGGAGAGCAAGCUUCAAGGUGGUGUCACUUUCGCCAGUGACAAGCUGUCGAAACCGAGAACUGCCAAGUCGACCAUUCAAAGCGAGAAGAUUGGAGCAAUCCUUACGGCGAUUGGUGUGCCUGAUCUGAUCCCUAUACCGACGCCGCCGGUUAUCGAGCAGUUCGAAGGGGUCAUGCAGAAAGUGCAUCAAUUGUUGGAGAUGAGAAAGGUGGCAGAGAAGGAUGAGCAGGAAUUGAGGGUGCGACAGGCAGAGGCCGGUUCGUGA